AUGAAGCCACGCCUGUACUACGACGACGUCGCCUGGGAGUGGGCUGAAGCUAUCGCCAAUGCAUGGUUUCAACAGUUCUUCGACCCCAAGAUUCUGCAAUCCGUCGCGCAAUUCUUGAAAAGACACCAUGGCCCUGGAGAUGUUGAUGAAUUCACAUAUCUGGAGAAAGGCUCGUACAACAUCACCUUCCAGAUGAAGAACAAAAAUGCAAGCUCUACAGUCAUACGUUUCGUCCAGCCAGGAUCAAUCAUGUUUCCCGAAGAGAAAGUACGCAAUGAAGUUGCCAUGAUGCGAUACAUUAACGAUCAGACUGCCAUUCCUGUUCCUUUCCGUGGUAUUCUCAACCCCGAUAUCAGUGAGGCCAGGCUAGAGGCAUUGUAUGGAGAUGUUGCAACCGUCUUACUGAAGCUUCCCAAACCAGAUUUUCUUGGGAUAGGGUCACUGAAACAGGUCGAUGAUUUCACCUGGGAAGUAACCAAUAGACCCUUGUCAAUGCCUAUGAAUACAUUAGCAGAACUCCAUUUUACACACCUCACCAACCAGCGUAAUGAUGCGAUCGACUCAGCUGACGAAUGUCCACGGAAGCUUGUUGCUCGAUAUCUCUUUCGCAAACUUGCCCGGGAACCUCAUUUAACAAAGCCAGCUGAAGAUUGUCGCGUUGUUUACUGGGAGUUCACAUACGCUGCACCUGUUGAAUUCUCAUUUGCACUUCCUUUUGAAUAUCAACGACGUCUUCCAACCUUUCUCGAGGCGAUAAGAGCCCAGGAGGAUAGGGCGAUUGAGCAGGACUGUUGGGCGAGUGGGGAUUUCUGGAUAGCAUAUGCAGCGAGGAACAACUUCGCCUUUGACUUGAUUUACUCCACAAGAUCGAUCAGCGACUUUUUGGAUCGACGUCUACUCCCAUCGAUGAUGCUUGGAAACAGAGACUGGUCAUACUCAAGCCUGCAGAGAGAGCCGAGAUUGAACAAAUUGUGGCGAUUAAGGUUAAGAGAUACAGACACGGCCAUUGGCCUGGCAUCCGGAUGGCUACACCAGGGAGGUCGAAGAUACCCUCUGCGGAAAUAA